GUGAACCAGUCCUGGCCCGUGGGGCGAACCCUAGGCGAUUUUACUGGCGGCGUCGGGGCGAACGGAGCAGCCGCCGAUGGGCGGAUGGUGAGGCAUCGCGCCGUCGUCACGUGGGGCUGGCGUCGCCGAUUCCGCACCGUCCCCAGUACGUCGGCGCGUCGGUCGUUUUCGCCCUCGUGCCCCCCACUGCGUAGCCGGUUCGUCGAUUCCGAAUCCCCGCUGCCCACUGCGCCGCCGCCCGUCGCCGCGUCGCCUCGCCUCACGCCGUCUACUCCGACGUCUCCGCGGCCCCGGCCCCGGCCCCCAUUGAGCGGCGCGCCGCCGCGUGUAUCCCCCGACGGCUUCGACCCCGAGCACGUCCCCAACGUCAGGCGCUUCGUCCUCAACCCCAUCACCAAUCAGAUGUCCCGCCUCCCGCCCCGUGUGGCCAGGCUCAACGGCGACGCGGGCCCGCUCUUCGACGUCCACAUGGGCCUCGUCACCCAGGCCGACCGCCGGCACGGGCCGCCUGACAGGGUCGCCGUCGCCGAGCUGCCGGAGGGGGACCUAAUGCUCCGGUUCCUCUCGGAGAAGGGCAAGUGGGAGACCGUGGCGGUCUCGCCGUGUCGACUCCCUUCCGCGCGACUACGAGGUGCUCGCGUUCCGCGGUCGCCUCUGGUGGGUCGACCCGACCUGGGGAGCGAUCUCCGUCGAUCCGUUCAGCGACCGGCCGGCCGGAGCUCUCCUUCGUCGAGCUGCCCAGGGGAAGCGUGCUGCCUCCAGGUGCGCCGACCCGUGGGCGUGUCACCAUGGAAUUCCCGGGCGACGCCCCGCCCGGUCAUGGCAUCCAGGCCUCCGACGAAGCUACGGACGGCGCGGCCGUGGCGUCCAACCCUCGGGUAUGUGGGCGGCGAAGUGGAGCAAAGGUACGAGCGGACGUAGCGCCGGCUCCCUGGACGUGACGCCGGCUCCUUGGACCUGGCGCCGAACGUGCUUCCCAAUCCAAUGUGAGCAAAGAAAGUGAUGCAUUCUACAAACUGACCAACACAAGGUCCCAGAUCUAGGCUUAUGUUUUUGAUGUGAUCAAUGCAAGUGUUCCAAAGCUCCUCCUGGAUGAUGCUUUUGAGCAGAAGAAUGACAUUGCAAAGGCUGUGGAGGAUGAGCUUGAGAAGGCUAUGUCAGCAUAUGGCUUUGAGAUCGUGCAGACACUCAUCGUUGACAUUGAUCCAGAUGAGCAUGUCAAGUGAGCAAUGAACGAGAUCAAUGCAGGUUAUUUGCUAUUCCCUAACAUGAUCA